AAGGAUUGUAAAAACCCGCCUCAGUAUCUCGCUUGUAAAGCUACGCGUAGAAAGGCGGUAGAAAUCUUUUGAGUAUCACAUCAUGAUCAAAGAAUUGAUAGUACUUAGUGCGUUGAUUACGCUAUGCGUUAGUAUUCCCACGAUGGAACUGAAACAAUCCAUUGCGCCUGCUGUGCAGAACAGUCCCAUUGUAAUUUUACCGGAGAGCGAUGAUGCGCAUGAAGAAUUGGAAACUGCAGAAACUGCCCAUCGUGGUCAUCAUCACCACCAUCAUCAUCACCACCACCACGGACAUGGUCACGGCUACGGCUAUGGAGGUUACGGCCCUGCUCAUGGUGGACUUAGAGGAGGAGUUGGUGUAGGAGUUGGAGUUGCAGUUGGCGUAGGAGUCGGUGGAGGUUUUAUUGGUCGGAAAUAAACAUAUAUCCGUGCGUGAUAAUAAAAAAAAA